GGGAUGUUAACAGAUAUGCGGGGUUUCGCUGUUCUAUGUUUGUGCGUGACAGUGGCCGUCGCCGCUGAAACCGGAAGGAUUCAGCGGCAGGUGUUCCCUGCGGCGGCUGCGGACGCUAGUCGUUACAACCCGGGCAAAUACGAUGUAGGGCGUUACGAAGCUGGCCGUUACGACCCGGGUCGUUACAACCCCGGCAAAUAUGACAACUCCGGUCGCUACGUGCCUGACAAUUCAGGCGCUUAUAACGGUGAUCGUGGUGACCGCGGUGGUGCUGGCGGUUUUUACACUGGCUCUUCCGACCGCGGCGGUCCUGGUGGUUUCUACACUGGCUCUUCCGAUCGCGGUGGCCCCGGAGGCCCAGGAGGACCUGGUGGUAAAUAUGCAGGCCAAAACUACAACUCCGGCGGUGCUUCCAGUGGAAACCGCGGAAGCGUUGGUGGUCAAUAUACCGGAUCCGGUGCAGGUGUGGGGGUAAACUCUGGUGCCAAAGUGAGCGCAAACUCCGGAGCCAGAGUGGGCACUAGUAGUGGAGCUGCUUCUGUUUUCGGAGCUGGUGUUGGCUCUGGGGCGUCCAGUGCUUUUGCUACCGCCAACACCGGCCGCUUAGGCAGCGGCGCUGCAAGCAACAGUGGCAAAUACGACUACAAAUAUGGCAUCAUUCGUCAGGAAAACGACAACGAACCUGAUGGUUACCAUUACCUGUACGAGACUGAGAACACGAUCCUCAUGGAGGAAGCUGGUAAACUAGCGAAGAUUAACAAUGAGGAGUCGGCUAUGAGAGUGAAGGGCUUCUACGAGUUUACGGCUCCCGACGGUGUCACCUAUAGAGUAGACUACACGGCCGACGAAAAUGGUUUCCACCCUACUGGUGCUCACUUUGAAAGCUUUGCCAAUCGGCGUAAGGUACUCGCCGAUUAUUGCCCACGGUGCCCUAGACGUACAGAAAAGGAAGGGUACGUCGUAGGAUGUUGGGGAGAAUGGAUAGAUCUGUCUGAUAGAGCUAAAACGCGGAUCUUAAUAUUAUCACUAAGCACAGUCCUAUAUAGUUUACCGUAUGACAAUGGAAAGUAUAACCCCAUAAAGUAUAAAGUCUAUGAUGAUGGUAAAUACUACAGACCAGCGAAUGAAGGAAAAUACAUUCCUGGAGACGAAGGGCGCUACACCUACAUCUAUGUGCAAGGGUUGUAUCCUGUAGAUGAUGGAGACUAUAGAUAUGUCCACCAGGUGGGGCCAAAUGGUGACGGGGACAAUAGGUAUAUCCAUGAGAUUGGUCCAAAUGGUGGGGGUGGGGAUAGUGGUGGUUUUGGUGGGAACGGUGGGAAUGGUGCAGGAGGUGGAAAAGGUCCAGGUGGGCCGAAUGGUCCGGGUGGAUCAAGUGGAAGAAGCGGACCAAGCGGGCCAGGUGGACCAGGUGGGCCAGGCGGAUCAAGCGGUCCAGGCGGAUCAGGAGGGCCAGGUGGGCCUGGUGGAUCUCGUAACCAAUACAUAGGGAAAAGAACAUACGCUGAAAAAUUUCCUUAUAUAUACAAUGAUAUAAAAGCAUUGAUAGAUGAAUAUGUGUCUUACGAUUUUUUGACUUCAGAGGAAAGUUCAAAUAAUUUCAGUGAAGUGAUUGGUAACAAGAAAUUUGCUUUUAAAUGCAAAUGUCUAGAUCCUAAACCAAAACAAGAAGAAUUGGUAACACAAUAUUCUCCAAGAAUGCAUGUCAAGAAAGAAGAAAAACCCGGUUCAAUUUACAGCAUCAAGGGCACGAAGACAUUAAGUAAUCCAUCUAAUGUAUCAAACUCUCUUAUGAAAAAGCUAAAGUUAGAAUAUGAAUUAUUGGUUGUAGUGCUGGCGCUAGUUGGCGUACAGGUCAGCAGCGCCCAAGAUGACGGUCAGUAUCGUCCGCAUCUUUAUGGUGACGAUGGCAAGUAUCGGCCAAGAGAGCAUGGCGGCUACUACCAGUCCGGAUUUAGCAACUUCGGAUCCAACAGAAAAUACGCCUCAAUCAUCUCUAAUUUCCAACCAGCGUUUGCUUCUCCGUACGGAACCUUCAACGGUAUCGAGUUGGUCCCGGUCGCGUCAUCGGUGUAUGCAUCCAGAAUACAACCAGUUAUUCAGCGUUAUGCAUCCACUUCAGGCUCUGCUAGGAUUCUAAGACAAGAUCAGGACCAAGACGAAAAUAGUUAUCAUUACCUCUAUCAGACCGAGAAUGGAAUCAAUGCUGAAGAAUAUGGCAAAAUAGACCAAGGCACGAAAGCACGAGGUUUUUACGAAUACACUGGUGACGAUGGCCUUAAAUAUAGAGUUGACUAUAUCGCUGACGAUAACGGCUUCCAACCUUCUGGAGCACAUUUGCCAAAAAAAUAAUUUACUGACAACAACGAGUAUUAUGUUCCGAAAUACAAAGUUUAAUUAAUAAAGAUAUUUUUCUUUUACCAUAUUAACACAACAAAUACUGACAAAAGUGGUGUAUUCUGAGUAUAUUUUAUGAAAACGUAGUUCCUUGUUUUGUUUUUGACCUGGGUUGUAAAAGUUUUAUGAAGAAAUCUCUUGAAUUCUUUGAAUGUUUUUAUACGUUUUACCAAUUGUCGAAUAAGU